GUGUCGGCGCAUGCGCUGUGGGUGUCUCUGGGCUGGUGGCCGUUGGGCUGGGCCUGCCUUCCUUCCUUCCUUAAUCCGUGCCCCGCUUUGGCCUCCGUCGGUGGGGAAGCAGCCGCCCUGGCCUCUCCGCCCCCGGGCGGGCCCUUCUUCCCUCCAGAGAGAGCCAGAGAAUCGGCGACAGCGGCAGCGGCAGCGGCAGCGGCAGCAUGGAGGACAAGAGCUUCACCAAGGAGCUGGACCAGUGGAUCGAGCAGCUCAACGAAUGCAAGCAGCUGGGAGAGAACCAAGUGCGGAGCCUCUGCGAGAAGGCUAAAGAAAUACUUACAAAAGAGUCCAAUGUUCAGGAAGUACGAUGUCCUGUUACAGUCUGUGGAGAUGUCCAUGGUCAAUUCCAUGACCUUAUGGAGCUUUUUAGAAUUGGUGGGAAAUCACCAGACACAAACUAUCUCUUCAUGGGAGAUUAUGUCGACAGAGGCUACUACUCAGUGGAAACUGUGACUCUGCUUGUAGCACUAAAGGUGCGUUACCCAGAGCGUAUUACAAUUCUGCGAGGCAACCAUGAAAGCAGACAAAUUACACAAGUAUAUGGUUUCUACGAUGAAUGUCUACGGAAAUAUGGAAAUGCCAAUGUUUGGAAGUAUUUCACAGAUCUGUUUGAUUAUCUGCCUCUUACAGCUCUAGUAGAUGGACAGAUAUUCUGUCUCCAUGGUGGUCUUUCUCCGUCUAUAGAUACACUGGAUCAUAUCAGAGCUCUUGAUCGUCUGCAGGAGGUCCCACAUGAAGGCCCAAUGUGUGAUCUCUUGUGGUCUGAUCCAGAUGAUCGUGGUGGCUGGGGAAUUUCUCCACGUGGUGCAGGCUACACGUUUGGUCAAGAUAUUUCCGAAACAUUUAAUCAUGCCAAUGGGCUUACAUUGGUAUCUCGUGCUCAUCAGCUUGUAAUGGAGGGCUACAACUGGUGUCAUGAUCGGAAUGUGGUCACCAUUUUCAGUGCACCUAAUUACUGUUACCGCUGUGGGAACCAGGCUGCCAUCAUGGAACUAGAUGACACUUUAAAAUAUUCCUUCCUUCAGUUUGAUCCAGCACCUCGCCGUGGAGAACCUCAUGUUACUCGGCGCACCCCAGAUUACUUCCUAUAAAUAUGUUCUCCUUGGUUUGGCCUUGAGCAGUAGUAGUACACCUGUCAUUUUUUUGAAAAGCAACAAUUUAUGUGAUAAGUUGGGGUCUGUCUCAGCAAAGCCUCUUCAUGGACCAAACUGUGCCAUAAUGAGGAUGAGCAGCUUUGAGCACAACUUAAAAUUGACUUCAAUACACUAAUCAAUCCUUUAUCUACCAGUCCAACAGCCAGUUUGCCUGCUCUUUAACUGUAGUAAUCAUUUUCUUCUGGACUGUUCAAAGAGGAAAGGUAACUAACUCGUCUCCCUUUCAUGCUUACUUGUAAAUUUUAGUUGUAGUGUUUAACUGGCAUGUAUUAACGUUUUGAAGUUUAAGAAAAAUGCACAAACUAACUUCCCUCUUAAGCCUAUUGCCCUCUAUUUUAUGGACAUAAGUAACUUAACUGGAGAGAGAAAAAAUCUUCUUGGGAGUAUGUUGUCAUAAGCUUUCCCUCCAUUUAAACUAGAUUACUGUUCUGUGUUGAUCCUUUUUUUCUGUAUAUUUGUCAUGAAAGUGCUUGCAUCUUAUUUGAUGUAAUUAAACAAAUAAACUUGCAGAUCAUUAUUCCAAA